AUGGUUUCGAUCGCUGGACAACAGUCAGUUAGGCGUUUAGGUCUUUGCUCUCAGGGAUCUCAGCAGUCUUCCCCUGUUGUAUUCCCUGAGAAGCGUAGCAAGAAGUUGAAGGCGACACGUGGCGAGAUUAGUAGUGAUAAGCCAAAGGCUGAUGAGAUUCGGAUUGAUAUUGGUGGAGGAGAUGAGAAGUCUGAUUUGUUAGGGAGUCUUGUUUACUCAGGGAAGCUUUUAUUUGAUAAGAGAGGGAGAGAUGGAGCAGAGAUAGACGUUUUUAACAAGAAAGCAGUUGAUGGGAGGCUUACUAGGAGAGCUUUGGUUUGGGGCUCUAACGUGCUACAGCUUGAUGAUGUUGUCUCGUUGACGUAUAAUGUGGGUCUCAAGCAUUUCACGGUGCAUGCUUAUCCAGUUGGAAAGGGUUGUUUUACAAAACCGAAGAGAAGCCGGAAAGAUUUCCGGUUCAUUGCACCUACUGUGGAAGAAGCUGUUCAGUGGGUGGCUAGUUUUGCAGAUCAACAGUGUUUUAUCAACUGUUUGCCACAUCCGUUAGUCUCGAAGAAGCAGGGUUCGUCUGAGUUGUUUUCGGUUCCUAUUGAUACUCCUCCUGAGUUGGUGUUUAGGUGUAAGAGUGCACCGAAAAUGCUUGUUAUAUUGAACCCUAGGUCAGGGCAUGGACGAUCUAUCAAAGUUUUCAAUGAUGUAGUGGAACCAAUUUUCAAGCUUGCCGGGAUUAAGAUGGAGGUUGUCAAAACAAAUAAAGCAGGUCAUGCGAGAGAGUUGGCUUCCACUGUCGAUAUUAGCUUAUGCUCAGACGGUAUAAUUUGUGUUGGAGGUGACGGAAUCAUCAAUGAGGUUCUUAAUGGUCUACUUACUCGAAGCAAUCAGAAAGAAGGAGUUUCUAUCCCAAUUGGAAUAGUUCCUGCUGGCUCUGAUAACUCGUUAGUUUGGACUGUGCUUGGUGUUAGAGAUCCUAUUUCUGCAGCACUCUCUAUUGUGAAGGGUGGCCUAACAGCUACUGAUGUCUUUGCUGUUGAAUGGAUUCAUACGGGUGUAAUACACUUUGGAAUGACUGUCUCCUAUUAUGGUUUUGUUAGCGAUGUUUUGGAGCUCUCUGAGAAAUAUCAAAAACGCUUUGGUCCUAUGCGUUAUUUAGUAGCUGGAUUUCUCAAGUUCAUGUGUUUGCCAAAGUAUAGCUAUGAAGUGGAAUAUCUUCCGGCACAAAAAGAAGAUGCAGAAGGCAAAACUAGACUCGAAAAAGAAGUUGUUGAUGUCCAAGAUCUCUACACUGAUGUAAUGAGGAGAUCAAGCAAAGAAGGAUUGCCUAGAGCCUCCAGUUUAUCAAGUAUCGACUCCAUAAUGUCCCCAAGCGUUGGCGAACUAGACAACACAUGUAGCAGCACACAUGCUAGCACCGAGCCAUCUGAAUAUGUUCGUGGAAUCGAUCCUAAAAUGAAGCGCAUGUCCUCUGGCAGAAGAGAUAUUGAAUCUGAGCCAGAGGUUAUUCAUCCUCAAGGACAGUCAACAACUCCUAACUGGCCAAGGACAAGGUCAAAGUCAAGAACAGAUAAAGCAUGGAUGGGGUUAACAUCCCUGCAGGAUCCACCCCCAACUAGAUCUUCAUGGGGGAACACCGGUGCUCACGACAGAGAAGAUAUUUCAUCUACUGUAUCCGACCCGGGUCCGAUAUGGGAUGCGGGACCCAAAUGGGACAGUGAACCAUCUGCUUGGGAUGUAGAAAAUUCCAUCGAGCUGCCAGGUCCUCCGGAGGAUAUAGAGACAGGAGUAACGAAGCAAACCAUGACAACACCAAGAUUUGAAAAUAAAUGGGUUGCUAGAAAGGGUCAUUUCCUAGGUAUCAUGGUGUGUAACCACGCUUGUCGGACCGUGCAGAGCUCUCAAGUCGUGGCUCCCAAUUCAGAACAUGACGAUGGUACAAUGGACAUGCUAUUGGUUCAUGGAUGUGGAAGACUAAGGUUAAUUAGGUUUUUUAUCCUUCUACAAACAGGGCGACACCUUUCACUUCCAUAUGUAGAGUGUGUAAAGGUCAAGUCGGUGAAGAUAAAGGCGGGAAAACAGACGCAUGACAGUUGUGGUAUAGACGGAGAACUGUUUGCGUUGAACGGAGAAGUGAUAUCGACGAUGUUACCGGAACAAUGCAGAUUGAUCGGUAAUGCUCCUCAACGACAUUAG